AUGGCCCUCCUCACCCUGCACAGGCAGCAGAUCAGCUGGACUCUGCUGCUGGUCCUGGGAUAUCUCUUUUACCUCCUCCUGGGUGCUAUGGUGUUCCAGCUGCUGGAGAAGCAAGCAGAGGCCCAUUCUCGGGACCAGUUCCAGCUGGAGAAGCUCAAAUUCCUGCAGAACUACACGUGCCUGGACAGGCAAGCUCUGGAGCAGUUUGUACAGGUGCUCAUGGAAGCAUGGGAAAAAGGAGUCAACCCAGAAGGAAAUUCUACCAAUCCCAGUAACUGGGACUUUGGCAACUCCUUCUUCUUUGCAGGAACUGUUGUUACUACUAUAGGUUAUGGAAACUUGGCCCCCAGCACAGUGGCAGGGCAGGUGUUUUGUGUGUUUUAUGCCUUGUUUGGAGUGCCGCUCAACCUGGCCUUCCUUAAUCAGCUGGGGAAAGGACUCAACGCUCAUCUCAUUACUCUGGAAAGAUGGGUGCACAAGUCAGGCCGUGUUCAGGUCUUUCAGACACUGGCAAUGGCCAUCUUCCUGACCACUGGGACCUUGCUUUUUCUUGUGUUUCCACCCCUGGUCUUCAGUUAUGUAGAAGGCUGGAGCUAUGGAGAAGGCUUUUAUUUCACCUUUAUCACCCUCAGCACCAUUGGAUUUGGGGACUAUGUAGUAGGCACAGACCCCAACAAGCACUAUAUCCCAGUGUACAGGAGCCUAACUGCAAUUUGGAUUGUUUUUGGUUUGGCCUGGCUGGCUCUGGUCUUCAACGUGGGAGCUGACAUGAUGGAAAAAUUUCUUCAGCUUAAGUGGCAUAAGCCUGACUUAGGCUUGGCAGAAGGAGCUACCACGAAGUUGGAAGAGGAAUCUGAUGGGCCAAGCAUCCACAUACCUGGUUGA